GUAAACACAUUUAACAUUCCUGGUGUUGAAGAGAACACCUUUUUCUUGAAGGAAGUAGAAGAUGCUCAAAAGAUCCGUAGAACUGUUAUUGACUGUUUUGAAAAAGCAAGUCUGCCGACCCUCAGUGAUGAGGAGAGAAAGAGACUGCUUCACUUUGUUAUUGUUGGUGGUGGACCAACUGGUGUGGAGUUUGCGGCACAGCUUCACGACUUUGUCAAUGAAGAUAUAGUUAGACUAUAUCCUAAAGUCAAAGAUUUGGUGAAGAUAACACUUCUUGAGGCAACAGAUCAUAUUCUGAACAUGUUUGACAAGCGCAUUACCGCUUUUGCUGAAGAAAAAUUCCAGAGAGAUGGUAUUGAUGUAAAAACAGGAUCAAUGGUUGUGAAGGUAGGAGAUAAAGAAAUUUCUACCAAGGAUGUCAAACGUGGAGAUAUAACUUCAAUGCCUUAUGGAAUGGCUGUCUGGUCAACUGGUAUUGGAACUCGUCCAGUAAUUAUGGAAUUUAUGAAGCACAUUGGUCAGGGUAACAGACGAGUGUUAGCAACUGAUGAGUGGCUGCGUGUUGAGGGACAGGAUAACGUAUAUGCACUUGGUGACUGUGCAACAAUCAACCAGCGGAAAGUCAUGGAAGAUAUUGCUGCUAUAUUUCAUAAAGCAGACAAGGAUAACUCUGGAACACUAACCAUCAAAGAAUUUCAGGAAGUACUUAAAGACAUAUGUGAAAGAUACCCGCAAGUAGAGCUUUACUUGAAAAGUAAAAAAAUGAGUACUCUGGCCGAUCUCUUGAAAGAAUCAAAAGGAGAUGGUGUUAAAGAAUCAGUUGAGGUGAAUAUUGAAGAAUUUAAAUCAGCUCUGUCCCAAGUGGAUUCUGAGAUGAAGAAUCUCCCAGCAACAGCUCAGGUUGCAUCUCAGCAAGGUGUCUACUUAGCUAAAUGCUUUAAUCGUAUGGAGGAAUGUGAAAAAAAUCCAGAAGGUCCUCUUCGAUUUAGAGGAGAAGGUCGCCAUCGCUUUCACCCAUUCAGGUAUCGACAUUUGGGACAGUUUGCACCCUUGGGAGGAGAGCAAACAGCAGCACAGCUUCCAGGAGAUUGGGUUUCAAUUGGUCACAGCACUCAGUGGCUCUGGUAUUCUGUGUAUGCUAGUAAACAAGUUAGUUGGCGUACAAGGGCACUGGUUGUCUCUGACUGGGUAAGGCGGUACAUUUUUGGAAGAGACUCGAGCCAGAUUUAA